UAUAACUAUAUUCUUUGCUGAGGGUGAGAAUACGAAUAUAAAUAAUCUUUGGUCAAGUUUGGUGAGUGCACUGAGUGGUGACAUUGUGUUCGCGUUUACUCGUGUUCAGUCGUUUUGGUUUAGCUUUAUUGAAAAUAAUAAUACGAAACAUGCUGUUUCAACAAUCGUGAAGCCACAGUGACAGUAGUGUUUUAUUAUUAUUUGUAUGUUGAUACAAAAUGUAUCUAAUUUUAUACUAUUAAUUUGAAACUUUAUGGCAGUUUUUCUAGAAAUGUAAAUAUUGUGUGUAUUUCUUGAUAUUCUGACGUUCAUAGUAUGAAUGUCGUUUAAACAAGGACACGGUUAAUAUAAUAUAUCGAAUAAAACUACACAAUGGCCGCUCCUGGUACUAGUAACACAUGCCUCAAUGUCCUGUCGUGUGCUGCAGUAAACCAAUUGGGCCUGAAGAGCCCUGAUUUUGGUAUGGCGGUAGCAGUUCCUCAACAUUCUACUACGUAUGAUGCCCGUUCCAUCUGUGGUGGUGAUUCUUCUUCUGAUGCACACUCUCCUGAACUCCCAAGACCUAAGGCAAGUGACAGAGAAUGUCGCAUCAUCGCAGAAAAGCAUAGACGAAGUCAAUUUAAUUCUGAAAUAGCUCAAAUGAUGACUCUUUUAUCAGAUAUAGUGCACUCUCAACGUAAAGUGGAUAAGACAAGUGUCCUAAGACUUGCAGCCAAUAAACUACGCAAUGAACAUGUAUUUGGUGAUUCCAUAAAAUGUGGUCAUCUUGAGACAUGGUCAUCAGCUAUUUUAAAGUUCUUCGAUCUAGUUGGUGGUUUUAUGAUUGCAGUAACUUGUCGAGGAAGAAUUUUUAAUGUGUCUCCUAAUGUCCAAGAGAAGUUGGGUUAUUGCCAUGUUGACCUUCUUGGUCAAGAUAUUUAUAAUUAUGUUCACUGUGAAGAUAAGGAAACAUUAAGAAGACAUAUAUACCCAGUUGAAUUACAAACUGGUUGUGAUGCCAAGCUUUUUGAGCAACAUCACAAUUUUAGCAUAAGACUUAUGCGGGCAGGAGCUAGGGCUGACCCUCCUAAGUAUGAGAGGUGUCGUAUAGAUGGGAUGCUUCGCAGGUCCGAUAAAGCUACAUCAAAUGGUGUGGAGGAUGAAAAAACAAUACGGAGGCAAAGAGUCAGACAUCAAAGAACAUUCUCUUCUAGUGGUAAUGACUUUGUUUUUAUUGGUAUGGUACAUUUAAUAACAAGCUCUUUGCCUCCACGGUUGCUACCACCAUCCGCCUAUUCAGAAUAUUGGACCAGACAUUUGAUAGAUGGCCGAAUAGUGCAAUGUGACCAAAGCAUCUCUCUGGCAGCUGGUUACAUGAUUGAAGAAGUAACCGGGACAUCUGCAUUUGUAUUUAUGCACAAAGAUGAUGUGCGCUGGGUUAUUUGUGUACUGAGACAAAUGUAUGACCAGAGCAAGGAGUUUGGUGAAUCUUAUUACAGACUUGUAUCAAGGUCUGGGAAUUUUAUACAUAUGAGAACAAGAGGUUACCUUGAAAUUGAUAAGGAUAAAAAUGUUCAAAGUUUUGUUUGCAUUAAUAGUGUAAUAGAUGAAGACUAUGGUCAACGAAUGAUGGAAGAAAUGAAGAGAAAAUAUUCAGUAAUGGUUGACAUGGACAAAAACCAAGUGGACAAUAGUACAACAAUUGACGACACCCCUGUCGAGCAUCCUAAACGCUUAGAAAGAAUUGUCAAACAUCUUGUUGAGCCAGCAGUGAGUGAAACCUUUGAGCUUGUUGCUCCAUCUGAGGAGAAUAUUAUAACUGCAAUUAAGAAUAGUGAAAAAGUGGUGCAAAAGACUGGUGUACGGUUUGACACGCGGAAAAGGAAAAAUUCUGAAGGCAGUGAUAGUAAUGAACAUUUAAAAAAGCACAGUAGCCUAUCCAGCAGCUGAAAUGUUGUUGUAGAACAACAUGACAUUGGUGUCCUUUGAAGCAACCUGUUCAAUUGUUAGUUGUAAGUUCUAUUUUGAAAUUGAUUUAUGCUUUAUGUCUGUAAUAUGAAUGUUGAUAUUAAAUUAAUUGAUGAAUUGCCAAUUUAAGUCCAUUCGGUACGAAGAUUAUUUUAACUAUAUGAGUUUUGGUUGCAAGGUUGUAGUACCUCUAGUUUAAAUUUAAUUGACUCUCUGGUGAAUUUCUAUUCUGUAUUUAUAUACAUAUCUCAGUGAUACUAGAUCCCAAUAAAGUCAGAUUAUUUUAGAGGCUAAUGAUACAAUAAUUCGACCGUUAGCUCAGUGAUUUAGAGCACCGGCACGGAACGCCGGAGGUUGUGGGUUCGAAUCCCCCAUCGUUCAUAAAAUUUUGUUUUUCAAAUUUUAUUUGUGUAAUACAUACAUAUAUAUCGGAACUAAUAUCUUUACUACCUUUUACAAGUGGAAGGCUCCUUUGCACAGGGUGCCUGCUAGAUUAUGAAUACCACAAUGGCAGCUAUUUCUGCCAUGAAGCAGUAAUGUAUUAACAUAAAUUUGUUCAAUGAUAACAGAUUGAUGAUGAUAAUUUUUUUUUUUAUAUUAUAAUAAGGUUUGACGAAUUUACUAAUCGCAGGGUGAAAAUCAGUAGGAUUUAACAAUGAAAAGUAAACCUUUUAAAUAAGUUAUGAUCACACAGGGCUUAUCAGAUCACAUAACAAAUUUGUGAUGUGUGCAGCCGUGAAGAAAGUACUGCCACCUUUCUAUAAUAAUCUUCAUGUAUGUUUCAACAACAAAAUUCAAUGUUAAUUUGUCAAAAAAGUUUGUAUUUAAAUGAAUGGAAUUGCUCUACUUAAAACUCAGGCAGGAACAAUGUAAUGUAUUAUAUUUAAGAUUAAGCCAACAUCAUCAAAAUCAUGUCACUCACUUGGGUUAAAAUUAAAUAAUCUCAGUUACUUACAAUGUUUUUGCUGCAAGGAAUUGGUGUUUUACCUAUACCAUUUUUGUUUUAUUUAUAAAUAAUAAACAAAUUACAUUUACAACAUAUUCAAUAUGAUAUAUAUUCUUCAGCAAACCAUAAACUCAUUCAAGUUUUACCGUGUACAAGGGAUGUUAAAAUAUUGAUUUUUUUUAAACCCAAUUUUAAUUUGCAUUUUUUAAACCCAAUUUUAUUUUAUUUUUAAAGUUAAUAAUAAUAUAAUUAUAUUAUAUAUAUUGUAGUAAAUUUGUGUACACUAUUAUAUUGCAAAGGGUAACUGGGUUUUCUGAUGAUGAAUAACAUAAAAAUUAUUGAUUUUCAUCUCCUGCCAUUGUUAUUAUCACUAUCAGCAUAGCAUGAAAAAACCAAAAAAAAUGUAUUAGUAGGUAGCUAGCAGAUAUUUCAGUCUACCCUCAUUUAAACUCUCAGAUCAUGGUAACAUCAUAUUAAUAUUGCCCAAUACACUUAAAAACCAAGAUAGUUUUUGAAGGUAAUAAUACCGUAGCAAAAUUAUUUUAUUACAUUUUUAUAGAUUACUGUAUGCGAAAAGACUUUUUCCCUGGUAUUAUAUUGCAAAGGUUAUUAAGUAUUUUAUGGAUAAUUAAUUAAGUAUAUUAUAUUGUAAUAGAAGAAAAAAUUGUCAUUAAAACGUUUUCACUUCUGUGGUCUGAAGCACACACCAUAUUUUAUAUUGUAACAGUUAUUUGACACGGUUGCGAUCAUGUUAGUUACUCCAUACAUAACAAUUUUGAUUUUAAAAAAAACAUAUUCAAAAGGGAACCAGAGAGUCAUUAAAGUAUUUGUGGUAUCUUGUUAAAUGACUUGACAUUUGACAAUGAAUUUGAAUAGGUACUCUAUAUGAUUAUGUAUAUUUUUGGGGUACCUAAACCAAAUGGGGUAGGAAAUAAAAUUGAUGUGUGUUGAAUUAAGUUUUUGUUAGUAAGUAACAAUAGUUCUAAUAAAUAUAAUUGCUUGCCAAAUAAAUUCGUUAUUAAUAAGUCAGUACUUUAUAUACAUGAAUAGUGCCAUGUUUCAAUUGUUCGAUAUGGGCAUGAUGACAGAAGAAUCAAAGAAUAAUAAUGAUUCUUUGACUAAAAAAAAUGUCCUUGUUAACUGAAACAUGAAUGACGUUGAUAACCGCUUGAUGUUUUGGUAUAACUUCUGAGGCGUGACGUUACAAAUGACCAGCAUUUUGGCGCGCAUUUCGAAGUAGAUUGAUAAAUAUACAGUAAUUCGCGAUACAGCUUAUCAAGUUGCUGAAAUAAAUGUAUUAUAGAAGAGGAAUUCAAAUUUUGUCAUCAUGCCUAUUGCCAGUAUGAUUUCAAAUCAUAUUUUUUUUUAUUUUAUAAUAUAGUAAUUAAGUUAUCUGUGGAGUAUACGUUGCUUCCAAAGAGGUCGAAGAUGCUCAAUACUGUAUCGAAUUAAAGUAAUACUACUAAUACUACAGGUCAAUGAAGAAAUGUAUUAUUUUAACAUGGUUCAUAUAAUUCGCUGUAAAAUAAUACAUUCAUAUAUUUUGUGAUAUCAUUUAAGAUCAGUAUUACAGUAAGCGUCUCAACACGUUAUCCGUAAUAUUGUAGUGUUGUCCUUUUUAUGCACAGUUGUGAAGACAGUGACAAACACAGAAUUUGAUCACUAAGUAUGUACAGACAACUUGUUGAAUACGGACCUUAAUACGUAAUCCACGAUCAAGAUUAUUUCGUCUCUUAUGCAUAGUUAUGGGGACAGUAUAAAUUGGUAGUUUAGAUUUUUUAAAUAUCUAUUUGGUACUCUGCAGACUGCAAAUGAAAGGGUUGUGAAUUGUGACGAGAUGGGAUUGUGAUUAUAUUUAAUCCGUUCAUUAUUCGGUAAUAAUAUAGGAAACUGGGAAUAAGUGAUACACUAUUGAAAACAUAAAUUUAGUAUACUUUUUCAUGUAAUGUCUCUAAGCAACGAGCGAAAUUGCAAUGUCGCUCAGAGUUGUAGGUUCAUAUUUAACUAUUUUAAUCCAUAUAUAAGUAAGAAUAUGACGCAGUAUGACAGAUUCUAUUCCGAGAUCGAACUGUUGGAGGCGUUCCGGAUAUAAAAAUUGGAUAUAACAUAAGACAAUAUUUAUGCGUAUCUACUGGACAAGAUGUAAACUAUUAAGUAUUUUGUAAGAACAUUGUACAACUAGAAAAUCAAGUAUUUUUCAAAUAAAAUACAAACAAAAUAAAGUACAAAUUGAAACUUUGUAAUUCUACUUAAGAAAGAACCCUACGCCUAUCGGAAUUAUAGUUAAACAUAAAUUAGUCCUGUUCUUCAGAAAUACUUUCUAAACCUCACAAACUUGCCGCUCCUGUUAACGAAAAGAACCUGCAGCACAGAUAGCAGGUUGAUCUUAGUUGAGCUCAAACCCGAGAACUCCGGAUCGAAGGAUAUUUUUUUUAAAGUAUCUUAUUUUCUACGCGACGUGACAAAGCAGUGCAUAGUCUCGUCUACAUCCUCUCUCGUCGUUUCUAACUUGCUGGCCUCGAUCAUAUCCGCCCAGUUUGAUGACAUCGCCUCGACCGUCCCUGUCUUGAGCGUUCGGCUUCUUCGAAAUUUCGGCCACGUCAAUAGGCGCCGCAACCUCACACCGUGGUUGGUGUAAGACUGGUGUGUCGCCGAUUAAUUAUGGGCUGACGUUAAGCGCGAGAGUAACUAACAUUCAGCUUAGCAUUCCAAACGCUGAUAAAUCUUUGUGAAAAAAAAACUGAAAGUAUAAAGAAGCAACACAAGGUAUCAGAUAUUCCCAGUUUCCCAGAGUAGUUACUAUUGGUAUGGUGUAUGGUGAUGCAGGCGAAUGUUAUAUAAUGGUGCGUCAACGAAACGAGAUCUGACUUUGUAUUUGUAAUAAAUGUAUAUUAUAUGA